CCUGUCUCUUAUCAUUUCCCACAAGUACCUACCUCCCUAUGAGUCAUCAACUCAACAAGGAAUAUUAUAAAGUUAGUCAGUGAUUAAUGCUUUCUUGUUAUCUCAGGAAUCAGUUUUUUUUUUUAUGUCUGCCCCCUCCUCCAUUAGUGUUUUCAGCUAGCUGCUAUUCGUAGUUUGUCUUAAUCUUUUUAUUUUUAGUUUUAUUUCAGUCAUAGCCAGCCUCUUCUUCAAAUAAUUAUUUUCAUAUUUGUCCUCUACCUAUACUUGUAAUAACAUAUCUUCAAGCCUAUUCAAUUCCUCAUACAUCUUUAUUACACCAUGGCUGAAUGGUUAAGUAACCAAAUAUUUGGUAAACCUCCAACUAUUAAAGAUUUAACCCGCGAGAAUGAUAAGGCUGUACGGAAAGCUGGCCGAGAAAUAGAGAAAGAUCGCAGAGUUUUGGAACGAGAGGAAAAGAAACUGGAAGCAGAAAUAAAAAAAGCUGCCAAAGAAAAUGACAAAGAUGCGUGCACAAUUUUAGCCAAACAACUGGUUGCUUUGAGGAAGCAGAAAACAAGAUCCUAUGCUGCAAAUACAAAGCUGCAAAGUGUUGGAAAUCAAACCAAAUUAAUGGGUGCCAAUAUGAAACUAGCUGAAACUAUGUCAACAACCUCAAAAUCAAUGCAAAAAAUGAAUAAUAUUCUCAAACCGGAACAAGUGAUGGGUGAAAUGAAUGCAUUCUCUCAAGCUGUCACUAAAAUGAAUAUGACAGAUGAUAUGAUCAAUGACACAUUGAACGAUAUUCUGGAUGAGUCUGGAGAUGAAGAGGAAAGUGAUGCCAUCGUCAAUCAAGUACUGGAUGAAAUUGGCAUCGAAAUUUCCGGUCAUAUGUCUAAAGCACCCUCCGUAUCCAGCGAGAAAGUUAGUUCCAAGUCUAAAGCCAAGCUUCCGACCGAUGAAGAAAUUGAAGCGCAGCUCGCUAAAUUAUUAAAGACGCCCUAAAUUCUUAUUUCUUUUUCUCUCAGCCUACCUCAAUAGUUGAUUCCAAAUCAAAAACUAGGCUUCUUACCAAUUUAUCAAGAAUAUCAAAU